AUGCAAAGCGCGCGCGACGCGAUGUGCGGCCGAGGCAUUUUCGGACUGAGGCGCACUUCUGGGGGACGGGAGGCCAUGGGAGGCAAGGGCGGACCCCUGAAAGGCGCGAGGGACCUGCUGAGCCCGGCGCUCGCGGGGAUCUUGCUGCGCGCGGUGUACUGCCCGGAGCCCUCGGAUGAAGUGGGAGAGGAGGUCGUGAAGAGGUGUCGUGAGCCGGGAGGCCGGCACCACUACCUUGGCCGCUACGUGGUGCGCCUCGCUCUAGAGAUGGAGAGCGAAGGCCAGCGCAAAGCACCACCCUCGCUCCGGCGGCGAGGCUCGCAGCCAAGGCAGGCCCCGAAGCCGCCCUCGGAGGGCCAGCUGAAGGCCAGGGAGGCGGAGGUGCAGCGCGCCGCGGCGCGGCAGCUCUGGGAG